AUGCAAGCUAAGCUUGCCGGGAGCAUAAAGCUCCACGGUGACUCACGGCUCUUGUCGGAAUGUACGAAACUGUACGACUGGAUAUCCAGGAGUGACCACCGCCAUGAUAGAUACCUCGCCAACUUAAUGAUUGAAAUGUUUGGCAAGUGUGGAAGUCCCAAAGAUGCCCGCAGUGUCUUUGACUCCAUCAACGGGCCCAAUGCUUACUCUGUAAAUAUGAUAAUAGCGGCAUAUGCCCAAAGCGGGUAUCUUGACGACGCAAGUGGUAUCUUUUUUAAAGCCUCGCAGAAAGAUGCCGUAACAUGGAACACUAUCUUGGCAGGAACUGCGAGACGUGGGAGUUGUUUUCAAGCGUCUAAGAUCUUUGAGAAUAUGCCAGAAUGGGAUUCCUUGGCUUUCAAUGCCAUGCUGAUGGCAUAUGCCCGGGCUGGAAAUCUGGAUCUUGCAAAGAUUCUCUUUGAUCAGAUGCCGGUAAGAAUUCUAUCCUCGUGGAACAUUCUACUAUCCUGCUAUACUGUGCACGGCAAUUUGAAUAUGCUCGAAGGUUUCCUAGGCAAGAUGCCACAACACAAUGUUCUGGGAUGGAAUUCUUUGCUGUUGCGUUAUUUCCAGUCAGGAGUCUUGUCACAAGGUAAAGGAACGUUUGAUUCUAUGCUGGAGAGAGACAAAGAUUCCUGGAUCUAUCUCGUCAGAGGAUACAUCCAAGCUGGAAUCUUGGAAUUUGCAAAGAUCGUAUUACAAAAGAUGCCAGAGCACUGUCUCCAUUGCCUCACAACACUGCUUUCUGCCUAUGCCGCUAACUCCUGUACAUUUGAAGCCAAAACCUUGUUUGAUCAAAUGCUGUAUAAAGAUGGAAUUGCCUGGAACUCAAUUCUUUCGGCAUAUUCCCAGAGCAGACACCCUUUUGCCGCCAAAAGCAUCUUCGAUUCCAUGCCUGGAUGGGACACGGCGUCAUGGAAUAUACUAGCCGUGGCUUAUGCCGAGAAUGGGCAUCUAGACGAUGCCUGGAAUGUCUUUACACUGAGAAAAGAGCGUGACCUGUAUCAUGGAACAUUCUCCUCCACGGUCUCGUACGAAACGAGGAGUUCUCGAAAGCAAAGCUUGUGUUUGAGAGAAUGCCGGAGCGCCAAAUCAUGUCUUGGGAGUGUGUGA